CCAAAACACUGUCCCCCUCCCCCCUCCUCCCCCGUUCAAAAUGGCAGCUUUCAGCAGUGAUGGACAGCGUUGCAUUGAGCAACAAGUCGGACCAAUAAAUGUUAGUCCAACUCCAUUGAACGAACUUCGCAGUGCCUAUGAAUUAGAUCGCUGUGAUUCUUGGAUUCAAACCAACCAUUACUCGAAGGUUUGUCUUCAGUUCCCAGAUGAGCUAUUAUGUGAUGCACCCGACAUUGUUCUUAUCCUGCAGAACUCCUCUGGGGCCCACUGUUACAUCCUUGGUGAUACUUCUUAUGGCAGCUGCUGUGUCGACGAAGUUUCUGCUGAACAUGUCCAAUGUGACGGAAUUAUCCACUUUGGUCAUGCAUGUCUCAGCCCAACUAGACGACUCCCUGUUUUGUAUAUAUUUCCUAAAAAUCCAUUUGAUGUUGAAAGGCUGUGCAGUGCCGUGAAUGCAACUUUUAAGGACAGAAAAUCAAAACUUCUGUUUAUUUAUGAUGUUACUUAUGCUCACAAAAUAGAUGAAGUCUACGAUACUCUGUCAUGUUUAUAUCCAAAUCUGGUGACUGCCUACCCAAAUGUGAGUAGUUGCCAUACCAAAGAAGGGAAAGAACAACAGCAAGUAUGCCUGGGAAGUCGAUUUUGUAUUCCAGAAGGAACAUCUUUGGAUGAUUACAAUGUGUUAUUUAUUGGCAAGGAUGGCCGAACAUUUACUAACUACUUGUUAGAAUUUGGUGCAGACUGCAAAAUAUUUCGCUAUGACCCUGAUGAACCAGUGUCAGUUAUUGAAGCAGCAGAUGGAAAAAUUAGCAAGUUCCUUAUGAAACGUCUCCAUUUAGUUGAAAGGGUAAAAGAUGCAAAAACACUGGGCAUACUUAUUGGAACUCUUGGUGUGGAUGGAUAUUUGGAUGCAGUUGAUCAAAUAAAGAAUCUCGCAAAGAAAGCAGGAAAAAAGACAUACAUAUUUGCUGUUGGCCGUCCAAACAUUCCUAAAUUAGCAAACUUUCCAGAGAUUGACGUUUUUGUCCUUGUUGCUUGUCCUGAAAACUCGUUACUGGACUGGAAAGAUUUUUAUCAACCUGUUGUAUCUCUUUAUGAAGUUGAAUUGGCCUGCAACACUCUGCGGCAAUGGUCUACAAAAUAUGUCUCGGAUUUCCGGCAACUUCUUUUGGGAGGAAAAGACCAUGUACAGCUACCAGAAAUUUCGAUGGAAAAUUUUUCAGAUGUGUCAUUGAUAACGGGCAAAGUUCGUAAUGUAGAUAUUACCAAUAUUGCCAGUGCUGAAAGUGAUUCUUCUAACCGAAGUAUCACAGAUCGUGGGGAUCUAACAGUUUGCUUGAGCACAGGAAGUGAGUUUUUGGUUAAUCGGACUUGGCAAGGUCUGGAACAAAAUUUAGGCCAAAAUCCUGUCGAACUAGCUACUUUAGGCAGGAGUGGUAUAGCCAGCAGCUAUCAUUCCGAACCUGUGCAAAGAGAUGCUGAUUAAUUUUUCAUUGCCCUUCAGGACUGUUCAGUGCCAUACUCUGUAUUUUUGUCUUUUAUUGUUAUGAUUUGUUGUUUGACUUUGAUCCCCUCACUAAAAUAUUUACAUAUAUCAAUUCAAAUUAUAGCUAUGUCUAUUUCAAAGUAGGGGUCUGAAUUACAAAACUAUUGAUCAA